AGGCGACAGAAAGGAAAAAUAGAAGUUAGUAGGCGAUAGUAAUGGUGAGAUUUAUGUGGUUGUCAGAUUUCUAGUUUUCCUCACGACUCUACUCUGGAACGACAUAAAAAUGAUGGUCGGGUCUGCAGAUGCUUCUUGGCGCCGGUACCUGGUGUGGUUUGCGCACCACAACCUGUACUACAACAUGCGGUUUCAGGAGCUGGAAGCCUUGGCCGAAAUGUGCGGCAUCUCGCGGGCGCAGCUCUACAGGUGCGGUGAUAGUAAUGGUUCGGACGAAAUGCCCUCCGCGCUCACCGAAGAACCCUACGUGUACGUGUGGCUGCCGGUUGAUCGCGUUGACGAAAUCGUGAAAUUUUUGCUCUCUCGAGCGGUACUGAUCAAAGUUGUCGUCGAAGUCUGGGCAGAAGGUGCCGAUUAUGGCAUCGUCAAACAGGUAGCAAGCGAAAAAAUUCCCAAGGUUGGCGACACGGGGAAGCACGGCACAGCCACCACGGAGAGCAGCGACGUGAUGAAAAGUUUACAGGACCGGUCCGGCGUGCGCCACCAGGAUUACGUCAAUGCAGAUGUGUCCUUCUGCUUUCGCUGUGUGGCGUUCGGGAAAACGCUGAGCUACGAAUACAAACAGGCAAAAAUCAUCGAGAUGGGCGAUUUUCUAUUCGGGCCGGUGCUGUCCUCCUGUAAGUCUGCAGAGAGUGAUGUGACAUCGCCAACGGCGGCAGAGCUAGUGAGUAGCACAAAAGCUCUGCAAGCACCAGGUGCAGAAGAUCACGAGCAGCCUCCCCGGAAGUUGCAGCGAGUCGAAACAAGAAAUUCUGUGCCUUUUUUCAAGCGACCACACAAAAUUGAUCUUGAGGACCCGGAGUGCAUGCUCAUGCUGUUGGAGGACUAUGGUGUCGACGACUCACACAAGCUCGACAAAACGCUUCGCCGCGUUUUCUUCGGUCGGCACAUCGGGUCGGGCCGCACCUUCGUCGGCGGAGCCGGUUCGUGUGUGGCCGCGGGCUCUUCCUCCUCCUCCAGCUCCCGUGCGCCCGCAAAUGCAGCCAUCAGAACUGCACCACAAGCGACCCUGACUAAGACGCAGAAGAACAAAACCCUCGCGUUCUACGAGAAGUACGCUCUGGGUAGGCGGUGCAUUUUAGGGCCCACGACCAUGGAGAAUGAACUGGCGUUCUUGAUGGCAAAUUGCGGCCAAGUGACCAAAACGAGCGUUGCCCUCGACCCCUUUUGCGGCACCGGCGGACUUCUCAUUCCGAUGGCGCACUUCGGUUGUCUCACCAUGGGCACAGAUCUCGAUAUUCGCGUUCUGAAGGGCUGGCGCAUCGCCUACCAGAAAAACGUCGCCAUGUGCAAAGAAAUUGAGUUGCGACGCGGCCACUGUGUUAAGAAUAACCCAGCCGUUCCGGGAACGGGAGCGGCUACUGAGCAGCAAAAGCAACAUAGCUCAACAUUGCCCGCUUGCGAUCCAGCGACAGCAGCCGGUUCAUCUAGCACGGUGACCACUUCUACCCGCAGCCCUGCCGUGACCACCGCCGCGGUUGCCAGCGCGCGUGCUCCACCACAAACAACUACGAAAGGGAGUCGCGACCAGGAGCACGAUGAGCAGAAGCCGCUACGAUCGAAGCUGCAACCAAUGAAGGACGUGUUCAUGAAUUUCUACCAGUACCACCUGAAGCGCCCCGAGAUCGUCGUCACCGAUAACGCGCGCAAGCCGUGGCGCACGCGUUCGUGCGGCUGGCUGGACGCGAUCGUGACCGACCCGCCCUACGGGAUCCGAGCCGCGUCGCGGAAAGUGCAGCUGAACCAAACCGCGGAAGGCGGUGACGACCCGCGGAUCUACGACCGGUCUAACUACAUACCGCGCAAGGAUAUCUACGAGGAGGACGAAAUUUUGCAGGACCUUCUUUCCUUUGCCAAAACCAGUCUUGUGGACGAUGGGAAGCUGGUGUUUCUCUUGCCCAUCGAUCUCCAGGGCCUCGUUGCGGCAAAGAGUGCGACUGCUGGUGUCGGUGACCGAGAAGUAGAGCCUGCAGUCGUAGAAGCCGAAACUGUCGUCGAUUCCUUGAAAUCCAUUCGGGAGAAAGCUCUGCCGGGGAAAAAGGAUAAGAAAACCAAAAAACAGAAAAAUGUAGAUUGGUUCACGAACUGCACGCGGGACCCAAUCGUUUUGGACGAGCGCAAUUAUCGCAUUCCGACGAUGGAAGGCAUGAAGAAGGAGUCCGCAACGGUUCAGAUUUUAUCGGGAGGACUAGGACGGCUUCUGGUAGUGAUGCGCCGCAUUCCCCGCAAGAGCCAGGAGAAAAAUUAAGCGAGCCAAAAAUCCGAAAACAGUUCCCAAAUCAUGUUGUAGUAAUCAAGUAUUCUCCGCGUCCGCUCGGCGAGACAUUUGUUUAGCGGCUUUACCC